AUGCCGCCUGAACCUGAAUACCUCAGGAAGGGCCUCGAAAUAGAAUAUUUGGAGGACAGAAAUAUGCGCCAUGAGAUGUUGGCAACUGAGAGGGACGCUGAUAAGGUAGCUCCACGAGCGGUGUAUGAUGAACACGAUGUGGCUCAUAUCGCGGUUACGAACCCAUUUUCUGUUGGGACAGCCACUGUCUGGUACAAGGAGCGAUUGUACUAUCCACGCGCAAAUGUCGAUGUCCGUUUCUGUGUUGAAUUUGCGAGUCAGGAGGACUGCACUCGGUUUAUUCGCGAGGAUAUGAAAUUGGAGGAUCGACACAUCAGUGACCGUCAUACUGACGUCGCUGUCAUCGAUGACAUCAUGGAUGCUCUUUCCUCAAUCUCUGGCAACUAUUUCUCUGCAGCGAAAAAUGCUGUUCGGCGUGGGAUUCCUUAUUCCCAGUUCAAAGACGAAUAUCCUGAGCCCGAGACGCAGCUGAUACGCCAUCGAGGCCAUCAUCGACCAUGCUAUCUCACACUGUCCAUCUCCGCCAGCCUCAGCUUCAUCGAACGUGUUGAUUGGAGUGCCACCACGAUUCCCCCAACUGUUCCCUCGCCCUGUGGCUCUUUCCAGUCCCUCAACAACCUCCACCUCAAAUUCCCUUCGCAUUCGUCCCAACAAGACGACCUCACCAUCACCAUCUCCGCACGCGAGAUCUCAUUCUUGGACGGCGCGAAUUCCGUUUCUGCUGGGAAUUCCUUCUCCAUAAAUAGCGUACAUCGUACCGUCACUGUCAACUACAUCAACAACAUUGGCGACGCGUUUUUGGCUCCUAUCCACGGCGGUAAUAUUGGCGGGAGGAAUAACACCAACACCACAACUCACUGCUGCAAACGGAGCACUCCCGAGCUCAAGCUCUGCUACUGGCUCGGGCUCGGGCUCGCCGACGGGCUCAGUUCCAAUCCCAACCUCAGGAAGCAAAGCCAUCAACACGUAGAGUCAGUCGCUUUGUCAAAGCACGUACACAGCGAGCGGGGCCAUAUUGAGACUCGCGUUGGGAGCCCACAAGACAUUUACCAAAUUUUGACUUCCUGA